CUGAAUGUGGGUGGCUGAUAUUGAUAAUAGCAUGUACGUUAUAGUUCCUUCUGUUUUGGAAUGAACAGAGAAUAUAUGCAAGUAGGGACAAUAUUUUAGUACAGAAAUACGAAAGUUUUUGAUCAGAGAGAUUAUUGAUCUAUAGUAGAAAAUUUUGGAGAUGAUGGCGUCUGCCGGUGGUGCUGGUUCUUCAAGCUUGGAUCGCCUUGAUUCUGCACUGAAAGGCAUAAAGCAUAGCUCGAUCGUCCUAGCAAAAGUCACAGAUGAUUGGGAAUUUUUGAGAAAAGUUUGGAGAUCUGCUCGGAAGGGGAUUUAUGCCGAGAAGAAGAAUAUGCACAUCUGCCUCAAGAUUGAAGCUACAGCUGAGGAGAUUGUCCAGGAAAUUAUUCGUUUCCGUGAAAAAAACAUGGUGGAUGAUCACCGUGUAAACGAUGUAGAAUUCCUAAACGAAUUAGCCCUUGAUUGUGGGGAAAGAACCAAGCUUUUGAUUGAUGAAAUUGGAGAAGCUCUUGACCAUUUGUACUUGAUGUGGUCAAGAGGCGGAGGCAGAGGCGGCGGCGGCAGCGGCGGCUGCAGCAGCUCAUUUGUACUUGAUCUCGACUUCUGCAAAUAUUUACUACUACAUGUACGAUUAACUGUGUCCGCAAUCGGCCAUAUGGCAGCUAAGCACUGGGGUUGUGAAGAUUCUAGUGUAAAGAUCCAUUUCCGUUCCUUGUAUCAUUGUAUAAGCUACAUAGAUUAUUACCUUGUUCCAUCAUUUGAUGCCCGCAAAUUCUUGAGAUUUGGAGGAACAACAGAUGACGUGCUGCAGCAUACUUAUCAUCGUUAUGAUGCUCGUGGACUGCCUAGCUUUGAUGCUUGCGUUGGCCAUGUUUUAUCCCUGGUCCUACAAAUUGCAAACCGGUGUAGCGAUUACUGGUUAAAUUGCAAGGCCGGUCGAAUCCAAGUGAUGAAAGGAGAACUGAUUGAGUUCCUGGUCAAUUUGUACCGUGAAAUUCAUCCUAGUAAUCCCAAAUUCAUGCGUUUUCUUCUCGAUUUCCUUAUGGCUCGCUCCACUGAGAAGGCUGCGUUGGCGAAUUUUCUGGAGAGUUUUUGCCACUAUCUCUUCUUGGGUGAAUAUGGACAUUUUCGAGCAGAGGUGUUCCCCCUAUUACAGCUUUUUCUCUGCACCACUUCUAUACUAGAUGAUGAGGACGCAGCACCAAUUUUCAUUCCAGAACUUCAUGCUGUGCUAGUUGAGAUGGCAUCUAUAUUCGAGUCAACUGGCCGUGUGCUAGUAGAGGUGGCAUCUCUUGGUUCUGAGUUACUUUCAAAAAUUUGUCUUCUCGAGACAGAGCUUUUCCUUGUGGUGCAAAUCCACAGCAUGAAAAACAAUACAAACGCUUCUUCCUUUUCCUUCAGUAUGCUUCCUGGUUUUGAAGAUGUCAUGGACAAAUGUAGACAAAUCCCCGAAAGACUGCGGAGAUAUUCCGAGAAGUUGCCCAUAAAAGCAAGAUCGGAUUGGAAAAAGUUGUUGGCACUGAUUGAAUCAACAUUCGAGGAGGAAAAAUCUCUUUAUAAGUCAUCUAUGCUCACGGAAAUCACAGCGUCCACGCUGACAAACUCACUUAUGCUACUUCGUUCUAAGAUUGUGAUAUUCGAGGGAGAGUCAUUUCUGAUGGAGCCAUUACUUCCGAAGAGCAGGAAUGAUGAUAGGCUUACGGUUCGUGAAAAAGAUCUCCUUGAACUCUUCCUUCAGAGGGUUGAGUAUAUCAGGCAAAUUCCCUCAGAUGAGAUAAUUAAGGUCAGAGAGGACGUAUUAGGAGCAAUUGGAGAAUCUGUUAGGAGACUGACAUGUUUCUCUUACUAUUUCCUUGACACACGAGAUGAAAUGACCAGCCUUUCUUUUUCUGAGCUGUUAGAUAAGGAGACGCAUUUGAUCAAGGCGAAGAUCACAGAUAUUAUUCCUAAAUUUCCAAGGUUUGAUUUCCCCAAGACUUCCAGUCUGAAUUUCAUUGAUUUGCUGUGGAGAAACCUUGGGGAUCUGCUGAUAUAUAAUCCUGCAUCAACUGCAUUGGCGAAGCACCACAUGGAAGAGAUUCAAACACAUCUCCAAUCGUUGAGGUCUUUUCUCGAGAAUGUUUCACAGUUGCACAUCAAGGAGAAUCCAGAGCUAGAAGAUCUCGUUAAUCGAGUCAUUGAUGCGGCAUAUAAAGCGGAGUACAUAAUUGAUUCAAUUGAGGUUGAUGCUCAAUGGCAGGACUACUUCUGGUUGGACAAUGUGCUGGAGGAGUUAAGACUUCUUAGUGAGAACGCCGGGGGAAUUCAUUUGACUACCCCUGAUGCGGAAGUCCAAGAUUCCAAGAAUGUCACCCAGGUUUCAUUUGACAGGUUAUCGAGAAAGAGUACACCAGCUAUUGACGAAAUUGUGGUGGAUCUCAGCAAUAGAGAAAACGAAAUUCGCAACCAGCUUAUUAGAGGAUCCUCAAAGCUGGAUAUUGUUUUUAUUGAUGGAAUGCCUGGUUUAGGCAAGACAACAUUGGCGAGGAAGGUGUACAGCAGUCUUAGUGUCGCGAGUCACUUCCAUCUUCGCGCAUGGUGCACUGUUUCCCAAGAAUAUGAGAAAGGGAGAUUAUUGCUGGAAAUUCUAGCGGGGAUUCAGGGGCUCACGGAAGAGAUUCGCCAAAUGAGGGAUGAAGAACUCAAAGAUAAAUUGCGCAAGUCGCUACUGAAAAACAAGUAUCUCAUAGUUAUCGAUGACAUUUGGGAUGUUGGAUCGUGGAAUGACUUGAAAAACUCAUUCCCAGAUGAUGCAAAUGGAAGUAGAAUUCUGUUCACCAGUCGCCUCCGUAGAGUGGCCAUGGAAAUUAAACCAGAAAGUAAUCCACUUUCUCUUAGCCUUUUUUCUCAUGAGGAAAGUUGGCAGCUGUUAGAAAAGAAGGUAUUCAAGGAAGAAUGUUGCCCCGAUGAGCUGUUGGGAAUCGGAAAGGAAAUUGCUUAUCACUGUCAAGGAUUGCCUCUUGCUGUUGUUGCUGUUGCUGGUAUACUAAAAACAACAGGAAAAAGCCAAAGUUCAUGGAAAAGAAUAGCAGAUACCUUGAGCUCACAUAUAAUUGAUAAUCCAGAAGCUCGGUGCAAAGAAGUCAUAGAUCUCAGCUACAAACACUUGCCAGAAUAUCUUAAAUCAUGCUUUCUGUAUUUGGGAGUUCUUAAUGAAGACAGAGAUAUUCUUGUCAGCAAGUUGAUACGGUUUUGGAUAGCAGAAGGUUUCGUACCAGAAACUAAGAAGAAGGGCUUUGAAGAUGUUGCAGAGGCUUUCUUGAUGGACCUGAUUGACAGAAGCUUGGUGAUAAUCUCCAAAAGAAGAUCCAACGGCAAGGUUAGAGCAUGUCGCCUCCAUGAUCUUGUCCUUGAUUUCUGCAAGUCUAAAACCAAGGAUGAGAACUUCUUUCAGCUGGUAACCAGGUCUGACAAUCCAUACACUUCUUUUCCUAGUACAGAUUAUGGUUUCGAAUUUGAUUUUUACCAUCAUUCAUCUGCUGCAUCAUUUGCAUCCUAUCGGUUGGCUAUAUAUUUGAAGCGAAUCCACUUUGUUGAAUCAAAACCUUCUGGCUUGGCCACCCGUUCUUUGGUGUUCUUUGCGUCUAGAGAUUCUAAACCAGAACGGCCUUAUGAAGUCUCAUUCAUUUGUCACAACUUCAAAUUGCUUAGGGUCUUGGAUUUUGAAUGCUUCAAUUUGGGUAUUUCACUUCCUAUAGAAAUUGGAAUUCUGGUACAAUUGAGAUAUUUAGCAGUUGGAGGCUAUUUGAAGUCCAUUCCACAGUCGAUAGCCGACCUCAGGAAACUGAAAACUCUAAUUGUUAAGGGAUUAAGUGGUAAGAUCACCUUACCAAAUACCAUCUGGCGCAUCACAAGUUUAAGGCAUCUUCAUGUCAAUCUCCAUGUUGCUUUCGACUCAGAUGCUGAAGAGCUUGGUGAUAGCUUUAUAUUAGAAAAUUUGGUCAGUUUUUCCUGCCCAUCUCUUUCUUGUGGUGAAGAUGCAGAAAGGAUUAUAAAGAGGCUUCCAAAUCUUUGCAAACUGAGUUGCAUAUUCUAUGAAUCACCAGAUUCUUCCAUGAACUGCAAUCAUUUUCCGAGAUUGAACUGUCUCACUCAUUUGGAGUCACUCAAGAUAUUCUACUAUGGAAGCCCUCUUAACAAUGGCGAGUUCAGCCUCCCUUUGAAUCUAAAGAAACUGACUUUAUCAAACUUUCGCCUUCCAUGGAGUCAUAUCUCCACAAUUGGGAGACUACCAAACCUAAAAGUUCUCAAGUUACUUUCUGGUGCCUUUGAGGGGAAGAUAUGGGACGUGGAAGAAGAGUUUCAGAAUCUUAAGUUCUUGAGAUUAGACAAUUUGAACAUUGCUCAAUGGAAUGCCUCUUGUGAUGAUUUUCCCAAGCUUGAAAGACUUGUCUUACAAAAUUGCAAAGACCUUGAAGAAAUUCCAGAGGACUUUGGAAACAUAUAUACAUUGGGAAUGAUUGAAGUGCAUUGGUGUGGAAGAUCUGCAGAAGAAUCUGCAAAGAAGAUUGAAGAAGAAUAUGGAGAUAUUGAAGUCCUUAUUAGGAGUUCAAAUUUGAGAUCAUGAGCACAAUUUGGAUCACAUACUUAAGCUUGGUGCAAAGAAGUCACAGAUCUCAGCUACAAACACUUGCCGGCAUAUUUUAAGUCAUGCUUUCUGUAUUUGGGAGUUCUUAAUGAAGACAAAGAUAUUCUUGUCAGCAAGUUGAUGCGGCUUUGGGUCGCGGAAGGUUUCAUACCAGACACCAAGAAGCGCUUUGACGAUUUAGCCAAGGCUUUCUUGAUGGAUCUAAUUGACAGAAGCUUGGUGAUAAUCUCCAAAAGAAGAUCCAAUGGCAAGGUUAGAGCAUGUCACCUCCAUGAUCUUGUCCUUGAUUUCUGUAAGUCUAAAACCGAGGAUGAGAAUUCUUUCAGCCGAUAGCCAGGUUGGCUAUAUCUUUGAAGCGAAACCACUUUGUUGAAUCAAAACCUUCUGGCUUGGCCACCCGUUCUUUGGUGUUCUUUGCAUCAACAGAUUCCGAACCUACAUGCCCUUAUGACAUUUCAUUCAUUUGGCACAUCUUCAAAUUACUUAGGGUGUUGGAUUUUGAAUGCAUUAAUUUGGGUGUUUCUUUUCCUGUUGAAAUCGGACUGCUUCUCUUCUUGAGAUAUUUAGCAGUUGGACGCUACAUGCGAUCUAUUCCACAUUCGAUGGCCAACCUCAGGAAAUUAGAAACUCUUGUUGUGAAGGGAUUGCGUGGUAAGAUCAUCUUACCAAAUAUUAUCUGGUGCAUGACUUGUUUUAGGCAUCUUCAUGUCAAUGUUCAUGUUGCAUUCGACUCAGAUGUUGAAGAACUUGUUGAUAGCUCUGCAAAUUUGGUCAGCUUUUCCUGCCCAUCUCUUUCUUGUGGUGAGGAUGCAGAAAGGAUAAUCAAGAGGCUUCCAAAUCUUUGCAAAUUAAGUUGCAUAUUCUAUGAAUCACAAGAUUCUUCCACCAGUUACAAUCGGUUUCCAAGGUUGAAGUUUCUGUCUCAUUUGGAGUCCCUCAAGAUCUUUUACUACGGGAACCCUCUUCACAAUGCCGAGUUCAAUCUGCCAUUGAGUUUGAAGGAAUUGACUUUAUCACGCUUCUGCUUACCAUGGACUCAUAUCUCUGCAAUUAGCAGUCUACCAAACUUGGAAGUUCUCAAGUUACUUUCUGGUGCCUUUAUGGGGCGAACAUGGGACAUGAUGGAAGACGAGUUCCAAAAACUCAAGUUCUUGAGCUUAGAGACUCUGGAUAUCGCCGAAUGGAAUGCCUCUUAUGACCAUCUCCCCAGACUUGAGAGACUUGUCCUGCAACAUUGCAAAGACCUUGAGAAAAUCCCGGAAGAUCUUUCUGACAUAACUUCAUUGGAAACAAUUGAAGUGCAUUGGUGUGGACAAUCUGUGGAAGAGUCGGCAAUUGAGAUUGGGAAAGCAACCGGGGAGAUAAAAGUCCUCAUCAGGAGUUCAAAUUUGAGGUUGAAUUUGUGAAAACUCCUGAUUUAUAUAUCCCGGGGUAUUGGUGCUCAACGAAAGAAUGCUGAAGUCUAUACUUUGAAGGAUCAGCUGGAACUUCAGAGGAUUUCUUUCACCACAAGCAAGACGCUGAUGCCAAGCUUUGCCUUACAUGGGAACUUUCUACUUUUAUAUUAAAUAUUAUGUUUGUUAGAUAAUGUACCAACUAAUGUAACAAUGUGUCUGAAUUUGAUUGCUAAGUGGCAUUUUAGUGUUUCGUUUUUUGUCUAAUGGUACUGAGCUGUGCCAACUUGUCAUCUCAUACAGUUGGUUGUUUUCUGCUGAACCCAUGAUGAACUCUACGAAGCAGGGAGCUACUAAAUGUUUUAUGAAUGCUUGUUUGGUAAUACUAAAACGCAAUUGCUUCUUGUUACCAA